UUCACACUCAACACAUUACCAACAACUGACCAUUGUUUUAUUCAUACUUUUUCUUGUUUUUGUUCAAAUAAUUUCACAUUCAAACAUCGAUAUGAGUGCAUCAAACUCAAGUACUGCUUCCUCAUCAAAUACAAUAACUAUCAAGCAAAGUGUUACCUACUCAGGAAUAGAUUUCGAAUGUGAUAUCAAGGAAAUUGUUGUAAAAAGAGGAGAGAGAUUUGGUUUGGUUCAAUGUGAACCCUACUAUGAAAGAUUGCAAUUCUGUGCAACACAGGGUGAGGAUAUUCCUGUUAAAACGGCAUUUAACCCAGCGUAUCGCACAAUCAUGGAUAUGGAAAAAAAAGCUAAAGCACGGAAAAACCCAAACGUUAAAUGGCAGUGCCCAUAUUGCAACAUUAUUAUAAGCCAAAAAAGAUACAUCUGUGUCCGACACAUGAAUAAAAGACAGGAUGGACAUGGAUCAAUCUGUUCAGCUAGAUUAGCAGAAGAACCAAACGAGGAGGAAGAUGCCACUAAAGAGCCAAUUAAAGUUAUUUAUGAAUUUGAAAAAUAAUUUUGCAA